CCACACACACCCCACACCCAUCAGCACACCCCUCUCAUCCUCUGUGUCUCCCCCAAGGGCCAAAUCUCCACUGCCGCCCCCCAAACAUCCCGGAACACCCCCUCCCUUUAUGCAUACUCUUCCUAACCCGUUCCUCUCCUCCCCCAGGGGCCAGUUCGCCGUGGUGUACCACUGCCGCCACCGCAUCACCGGGGAAGAGUUCGCCGCCAAGUUUUCGUCGCGGUUGCGCCUCGGCGCAGACUGUACGUCGGACAUCCUGCACGAGGUCGGCGUGUGCGCGCUGCUGCGGCAGGCGAAGCGCACCAUCCAGCUGUCGGAGGUGUUCCGCACCGAGACGGAGCUGGUGCUCGUCAUGGAGUACGCCGCCGGCGGGGACCUACAGACGCUGCUGGACGAGGACUUGGUGCCCUACGAGCGUGACGUCAUCAGCUUCACGCGACAGCUCCUGGAGGGACUGGUGUUGGUGCACGACCUCAGCCUGGUGCACCUGGACAUCAAGCCGCAAAACUUGGUGCUAAUGGGAGAGUUUCCGGAUUGCGACGUCAAGCUGUGCGACUUCGAGAUCUCACGGUUCCUGACGCCCGGCCGGGAAGUGCGCGAGAUUCUGGGGACGCCGGACUACGUGGCGCCCGAGAUCCUUCUGUACGAGCCCAUCACCAAAAAGACAGACAUGUGGUCCCUGGGCGUCCUCGUGUACGUGCUCCUGACGGGGUUUCUGCCCUUCGGAGGCGACACGGACCAGGAGACAUUCAUGCAGAUCUCGCGGGGGGAGCUGGACUUCCCCGAGGAGCUCUUCGAGGACAUCUCCGCCGAGGCCAUCGACUUCAUCAAGAGACUCCUCGUCAGGCAGCCCGAGCGCCGCAUGAGUGCCCGGGAGUGCCAGAAUCACGAGUGGAUGAAGAAGGAAGUCACCAGACCCACCCCGUGCGCAGACGUAGUCCCCAGCGUGCCCACAGCCGCGCCCACGCCCACGCCAGCACCAGCAGCUCCCGCACCCACGACACCCGCCCCCACGACGUCCGUAUCGACGAACCCAGUUUCAACGACCCCAGCUGUAGUCAUCCCCACACCCCUCCCCAUCGCUACACCCGCUACUAACACCAUCACACCCGCCGCGCCCACGCCCACGCCCACACCCGCAGCACCCACGCCUAUACCCACGCCAGCACCUGCUUCCACAACACCCAAACCCACCCCGCCCGCACCCUCAGUACCCACGACACCAGCCCUGCCAGAGAUUAACACUCCCACAGUCGACAUUGGCCGCCCACCACUGCACCCACUCACCCCGGUCAAGCAGUUCGCCCCCGCCUUCCCCGAGCCCCUCUCUGGCUUCAACUCCCCCAUCACCGCCGUCCCCCACGCCCUCCUCCAGCGCAGAGAGUCCAGGUCGCUCUCCAGACACAACCUGGACAGAAUCAGAAGCAUGUCAAAGUCCCGAGAGGUCCUGUCAGAGAGGAUCCAGAUGUCCAACUUGAAGAAGACGAUGUCGAAGUCACGCGAGCGGCUCUUCGAUGCACGGCUCGGUGCUUCGAAGUCCAGGGAGCGGCUGAUGGGUCUGCGGUCCUUCUCCCAGUCGGUGGAGGCCCUGUCAGCCCUCUCGCAAUUCAACCAGGAGAACGCCGUCUACCAGAGCUGCAACAACAUCUUCGUGCCCAUGAUCACGCCCACCACCAAGGAGGCCGACGUCUGUAGGAUGUACAAGAGCCUCGCCGCCAUCGACCAGAUCGACGAGUUCGACUGCACGCACAAGCUCGGCUACUUCGAGUCCAGACUAUCCAAGGACGACGAAGACUACAACGACAUCGUCACCAGACACAACACGAGCCUCAACUCCGUCAUCGCAGUGCAGGACUCCAAGCCCGUCGUCAGCAACUACAUGGUGAACGAGGCGAGACUCAGAGGAGGAGGGCGAGGCGGGCGCAGCACCGACAUAUGCGACAAGCGGUGCCCCCGCCACAACCACCGCCAGCCCGAGGCCCAGCCCACGCAGAAGAUCCCGAAGGUGAACCGCGCCGAGCGCAUGAAGCGAGAGGCCCAGCGGAGACGCAAGGAGAAGAAGGAGAGGGAGAGAGAGGAAAAAGAGAGGCAGAAAGCACAGGCAAUAGAGCACGCGGAAGUCAUAGCUCGGAACAACAAAACCACGCACGAAAAGUCAGGCGAAAGUUCAAACUCUCCCGGCGGGCGGCGGCGGUCCUCGUCCCACGUGGAGCAGCGCCUCGCCGAGCGGCACGAGCGCCAACAGGAGAGGCUCGAGAAGCAGGAGAGGAAAAACAGCGCCAUCCACAGAAAACGGGAGCCCACAGAGGCGCUCGACAAAAGCCCAGUCACCGAGAGAGUGCGGCCGGGGAAGAUUUCGAGCGUGCUUGAGGUGCCGCAGGAACGCCCUCGCUGUACCAUGCCAACCAGGAAGAACAGGACCAAGAAAACCUCCAACGCCGGGAGCGACGUGUCCCAAGCCUCCUCCCUCGAGAGCGUAGACGGAAACCUUGAGAGUCCACGCAGUCCAGCAAGACCCAAAAGACCGACGUCGCUGGACUUGCCGGAAAUCAAGAUUUUCCCCGAGGCGAUAUCUCCCGCGUCCCUCGCUGGAGACGUCAACGACAACGUCCUCAAAGAAGACUCUCGCAAGGAAAUCGAUGAGGCAUACAACUCCCUGGAAGAGCCUGCCCUCAACAGGAGCCACAGCACGCCGAGCACCUCCCACACCGAGACCACCACGCCCACCACCACCACGGACGCCAAGCACGAAGAAGUAAAACAAGAGCAACCCAAACCAAGGAGGAAGUUCGCUGAGCUCCUCGACAACCCGCUCUUCGUCAGGCAAGCAGAGAUCAGCAACCAAAGCUGCGUCCAAAACACGCCUGACGCUGAGACUAGCGAAGACCCCGAGAAGGAGAAGAUCCUGAAAGUCGAGUCUGAGCGCAGCGUGUUCGGCUCCUGCGAGUUGACCAUUAUCAAGGAGGAGGAACGACAGGCGCCGAAGAAGGCCGCCCCCUCGUACUUGCGCUCCAUCUCCACGAGCAGCGACCUGGGCAGCAUGGUCAGCGCCAGCAGCGAGUGUUCCCUGGAGCGAGAGGAGGGCGGCGGCCGCAGCCCAGCCACCGACGUCGAUUCCUUGGAGUGGAGGAGUCGGACGCGCGCCAUCAGCUUCCUCAACAACCCGUCCUCCCCGAGGCCCCGCGUCCUGUCCCGCUCCAACUCGAUGCACCUGGACUCCCCCGUCAACCCGGCGCGGCCCUGGGGCAACCUGUGCGACGGCGCCGUGGCCCGCGCCAUGGAGAAAUUCAAGAAGCCCGAGGAUCAGGCGGCAACCAAGAAGACCCGCCGCCAGUCCUCGCCCGUCAUGUCCCCGUCGUCAUCGCCGCGGCUGCACUGAGAGAACACCCAGGCCAACGUCAUUCGUCUCUAAGAACUACUAGUCCACUGUCUACCCACCAAAUAUUGCUGCCUCAGUCAUUACUGUUCAAUCUAACGCGUAAAGACACGAUGACCAAUGGAUAAUACCAAUGAAUAACUAAGUCGAUUAAUCUCUCAAGGCAUUAAUUUAACCAAACGUGACGAAGGUAAACACGGCACGCGGCGCCCCUGCUAAGACACGUCCCUUGUCCGCCGGACCCUCGCCCCGGCAGCGGCCUGGACGCUGCCUCCCGAAAUCGUCUUUCAUCCCAGCACUCCGGAGCGCAGCAAGUUCCUCCCCGCGGCGAGGGCUUCACGGCAUCAUUCACCCUCCUUUUCAAUGCCCGCCAAGCAAACAGACAGCUGACAAUAUAAAUUUUCUCGUUUAGAUUAAUAAUGACGCCAAAACUUAAUUACUUGAGACGCCAAAGCUUACUGGUCAUGUGCACAGCGUCCCGAUCACUCCUCGAGCCCUAACCACAAGGCGCCGAGGCGCCACCCGCGACGAGGCGCUCAUGUGAUGCCUGCGUGCCUGUGUUUGCCUUCCCUUUCUCAUCGCAGACGUGCCUGCCGACGCGGUGCUUACAAAACGGGUAUUUACACUUCUUGACGACACUGGUGCCGUGCCAACCCUGCCCUCCGCCCGGGAACCCAGCGACCGCUCCCAACACGCGCGACGCUCCCCUCAAACACUAACCAUCAACGAGCCACACAUUGCUUUCAUGAGUGAGGCUAAAGCUGUCCCCAAACUUUGUCAUGAGUAACUAUGAGGUGAAAAAAGUGCCUUUUAGUGCACUUGAGUGUAAAAGUGCCUUUGGAAAGCUUAAUUCAAAGUAGGUAUUCGCGUGAAGUGCAUCCCCAGGAGUGACCAGCCGUGCGGAGCCCGCCAGCUGCUGCACGGAGACGGGACCUCUGCCCUGCACCCUGGGACGCGCGCAGGACAGCCCCUCCCCCCAACGACACCCUGCCCAGUGCUGAAGCUUAUGUAAUCACACACACAUAUAUAUUUACCGAACAAUAAAUCUCUACGAAGCAUAUUUUUUUGUAUUUCACUCGACUUACAGCGGGCGAGGCGAGCUGCUUCAUUGCCGAGACGAGGCGCUUCGCCUCGCCGCUAGUCAUGUACAAGUGACUCACUGUGAGGGUUGUGUGCCUGCUCACGGCCUUCACGAGUAAGAUGUAUGAGAAGGAGACCUUUAUCUCUUCUAAUGUACGGACCGUAACACUUUUUCUAGCCUGUAGGAGUAGCCUCUAACAGCACCAACAUUAUACUCUGAGCGGUGCACGGCAGCAAGACUCCUGCCUCGAAGUCUCGCUUGCUGUGUGCGCACGCCUGUAGCCAUUACCUUGUCAAUACUGCUUUAUGUGAUAACACAUUAACCUCCUUUGUGUGCAUUACCAAACAUAUAAACAUGUGGGAUCCUGACUCUUCAUUUAUGUUUAUGGAAAUAAAAGUUUGACGACGAUG